ACGUUGCUGAUAGAAAAAAACAACAACACACGAACGACUGUCCACCUAAAGCAUAUUCGUCUGUAAAAAAUAAAUUCAACAGCUGCUUGUUGUCUGGUGUUUAUACGAUGUAGCCAGUGAAAUGGAGUAUGAUGAGAAACUUGCACUUUUCCGUCAAACUCGCCUCAACCCGUUUGAUCGAGGAGGAGAUGAUCGUCCUCAAGGAGGCAAGACACCCCUGCAUCAUGCAGCACAGUCUGAACUAUUUUCUGGAACUAAAACCCACAGUUCAGAUCGCACUAUGGAUCUCGGCCUGGCUGAGGACCAUUUCUCAAGACCUGUGGGUUCAUUUGUGGCAUCAGACAUUGAGCAACUGAAACAAGCAAUAGAGGAGUGUAAGAAGCUGAUCCUGGAGCUGCCAGAACAUUCAGAGAGACAAAAGGACACUGUGGUGAAACUGAUCCACCUGCGCCUCAAACUGCAGGAACUUAAAGACCCAGAAGAGGAUGAACCUAAUCUGAGAGUCAUACUGGAGCACCGCUUUUCAAAAGAGAAGAGCAAGAGUGUGAAGCAGACAUGUGACAAGUGUAGUACCAUCAUUUGGGGUCUCAUCCAGACCUGGUAUACCUGCACAGGUUGCUAUUAUCGUUGCCACAGUAAGUGCAUGAACCUGAUCACAAAGCCCUGUGUCAGGUCAAAGGUGAGCCACCAGUCGGAGUAUGAACUCAGUAUCUGCCCAGAAAUAGGACUCGAUCGUCAGGACUACCGUUGUGCAGAAUGUCGCGCACCUAUUUCACUGAGGGGUGUACCGAGUGAGGCCCGACAGUGCGACUACACAGGCCAGUACUACUGCAGCACGUGCCACUGGAACGACACCGCCGUCGUACCUGCUCGUGUCAUUCACAACUGGGAGUUUGAACCACGCAAGGUCUGUCGCUCCUCGUUGCGCUAUUUGGCACUCAUGAUGUCGCGUCCGGUGUUGAAGCUGAAAGAAAUCAAUCCGCUGCUCUUCAAUUUUGUGGAGGAACUGGUUGAGAUCAGGAAGCUCCGUCAGGAUAUCCUGCUGAUGAAACCCUAUUUUUUAACUUGCAAAGAGGCAAUGGAAGCUCGGCUGCUACUUCAACUACAAGAUCGACAGCACUUUGUGGAGAAUGAUGACAUGUACUCGCUGCAGGAUCUGAUCGACAUCUCCAUCGGCAGACUCGGCUGCUCCCUCACUGAGAUCCACACAACUUUUGCUAAACACAUCAAACUAGACUGUGAGCGCUGUCAGGCCAAAGGAUUUGUGUGUGAGCUCUGUAAGGAGGGAGACAUCUUGUUUCCUUUCGACAGUCAUACGUUGGUGUGCCAGGACUGCUCGGCUGUAUUCCACAGAGAUUGUUACUAUGACAACUCCACUACGUGCCCACGAUGUGCACGGAUGACCGAGAGGAAACAGGACGAGGUGCCAGAUCAGAAGGACGGUGGACUCCAGAAAUGAAGACUCUUGCUCACCUGUGGAUCCAGGAGAUUUGGUCAAAUCGUAAAACUACCGUCAGGCGUUUGUCUUGAGCGUUUCAUGUUUUCUAAUGUCUCAAUGAAUUUAUAAA